AUGGAUCCGGCCGCGAUCAUCAACGCCGCCGCCAACACCACGUCGUACCAUCUCUCAGAGAUCUGGCAGUACCCGCCUCCCAACGCGCCAGACGUCACUGCCGCGCUGGGCCUGAAUAGGGCCCACUUCGGUCACGGGCUCCCGGACUUCGCCCCGGGCUCGACCCGAGACAGCGGGCCGGGUAGCAUUGGGCACAAGAAGAGGCGCGACGCCGAGGAGGAGGAAUCGGCUAAGGGCGUCUCCAGCAGUAAUGGCGUGAAGGAGGGCGGUGGUGGUGGUGAUGGGAAACGGGUUAAGACAACGGGAAACCAUAAGAGUGAGAGUGCGAGAGGUGAAGGAGAAAGCAGUUCAGGAAAGCUUGCGGAGCAAGGUGGAAAGCCACCUUCAGAGCCUCCUUCUAAGCAAGACUACAUUCAUGUCCGAGCCAGAAGGGGUCAAGCUACUGAUAGCCAUAGUCUUGCAGAAAGGGCUAGACGGGAAAAGAUUAGUGAGAGGAUGAAAAUUCUUCAGGAUUUAGUCCCGGGUUGUAAUAAGGUUAUUGGGAAAGCGUUGGUCCUUGACGAGAUAAUUAAUUAUAUUCAAUCACUUCAGCGGCAAGUAGAGUUUUUGUCAAUGAAGCUUGAGGCAGUAAAUUCAAGGGUGCCAUCCGGAAUUGAAGUGUUUCCUCCUAAAGAUUUUGGUCAGCAAACAUUUGAUACAACUGGCAUCCCAUUCGCUUCUCAAGCUACAAGAGAGUAUAGCCGAGGUUCAUCACCAGAGUGGUUACAUAUGCAGGUGGGAAGUGGUUUUGAAAGAGCAACAUAG